GUCUCAGCCUCGGUAAUUAGAGAUUAUAGCAAGCAUCGCACUGGGCGAGUUUGAAACCAGCGAGUACAUUCGCAAGAAAGUACAGCCGGGGUGAAAUCUCCCAACGUAGUCGCCCCUUUCAGAUAUCGAACACAGCCCUGAUAUAACUUACCACAGUCUACUCAUUGUAAUGGAAAAUUGCCUGUUAGUUAAGUCUCGCCAUUUUAUUAUUCUUUUUGCCACGUGUGAUUGGUGAAAGUAAUUCCCGUAACAGUUUCGCCUCGUGCUGAUGCACCGUGUGGUUAACGAUGUUGUGCUGAAUCACGCUGUGUGUGUUAUGUUUGCGUCCACGUGCAGUAGAUGUCGCUUACUCCGAGUCCCCCCCCCUACCCACUCCCAUCGCUUGCCACACUACCCUAGUCUUUGGAUCUGCUGACUUGGCAGGCUCGUGUCUGCGAAUUGGUGUCGUGUGACAGGCUUAGGUUCGCAAGAAAUGGAAGUGUCAGCUGUUGAUGUUCGGACGUUGGAGCACCCGUCCACCUACGUGGCUUCGGUCGGGCGAUGCGUUGCCACUCGACGCUGCCGUUGAGUGGUGUGGCAACGCUGAGCUGCAGCGACAGCUCGGCGCUAUCGAGCAGCGGCACCAGUGACAUCACAGAGCCCCGCUCACCCUUCAGCACCACCUCCAACCACUCGUCAGAAUGCAGUGACGACUCGUCCGGAGUCCCCUCCCCGGGCAAGCUCUCGUACCUGACGCCGCCGGUGUGGGACCCGUCGUGUCCGACCCAAUGGCAGCCCGCUGAUGGUUCCCCCCAGUCUUCCAAAAAGAGGACUCACCAGUGGUCUUCCGAGGUUCCUAUAUGCGAGGAGAACGACUCGGACGCGCGGACGUCCCCGUGGAAGCUGACCAAGAGAUGCAGCGCUAAGAGCAUGGCGCCGAACGUGCCUUCGUCGCAAGAAGGCGGGGACCACUGGCCAUGGAGCGGCAAGGAGCUGGAGACAGACGAGGGCCCGCCUUUGCCGCCGCCGCCCCUGGUGGCCCCAUCCACACCGCUCACGCCCGUCACUGCCAACAUCAUCGCGAACGUCCCCCCAAAGUCGCUCAAGCACCAAACUGCCAUCGUCAACCAAAAGACUGCCAUCGCGAAAGAUGUCACCGCCGUGCCCAGUUCCAAAAGAACUCCAGAAGAUGUCACCUCAGUGCCGAACUCCAAGAGACUCCGAGUUGAACAGAAGAGCGGCAAGCAGCUGCUGCCCAGGAACAAGAACAGCAGCAGCUGCAGCAACGCCGGCCCAGCAGUUGCGCGCAAGUUCCCGGAGCAGUGCGUGUCCUAUUCGCGGCGCAACAUUCCUACCGCCCACAAGAAAACCAAGUGUGGCAGCAUCAACAACAGCAACAAUACCACGUGUGUUAAAACAAUUGCUACGGGUGCGAGUAACGCUGGUGACAGGACACAGGACAAAAAUGCAAGUGGUGUUAGGAAAAACGUUUCGACGUCGGAGUUCAGGUGCCCAAGUGUUCAGCCUUUAGGCAAAAAUUGUGCAAGAGAGACCAAGAUGCGGGGGAACGAAGUGAGCGACUUUUUUCCUAGUGCUUCCACGCCACACGCAGCAGCAGCAGAAGAUAAAACGGGAACAAAAAAGGCCUCGCACCAGGCAGCAGAAGCACGCCCUUGGGACAGAUUCGACAUGAGUCCUCGCACCGCUAAAAUUUUUCAGAAGAUAGCGGAGCCGAAGAACGGCAGCUUGCCGACCCUGCCUCACACGAGGAAGGUGUUCUCCAAGUUGCUCCCAGCACCAAAGAACGUCGACUUAAAUAGAAACGGGAUUAAUGUUUCGCCUUCUCAGUCUCGUGCCUCUGAGAAGCUGGAUUUACUGCUCGCUUCACCCUCUUCCGCAAAGCUCACCGUCUUGUUAGCCCCUGUCCCCAAGCACAACAACUCUGUCGCGAAGCUCGCCAAACCAGAAAGUCUUUCAAACUCUGUUGUCUGUAGUAAAAUUUGCAGUAGUUUACUAAAACCACUUGUGCCCAUCGUAGACGUAGGGAAGAACGGGUCUCAGGAUGUCUCCGACGCAUCCCCUAAAGCAAAGGUGGCGUCGGAGAAAGAACCACUCGUAGUUAGUUCCUCACCUUCACCGUCGGAGCGCAGCAGCAGCACCAGCGGCGUGUGCGAAUCGGAAGCUGCAGCAUGCUUGCCUCCGGACGUGGCGGAAUCGAGUCCCGCCACAUCGCUCACUUCCCCCAUACUGUCUGCCCCGCGCACCAUCCGGUUCCCCGCGGCGGACAGAACCGUGAGCUCCUCGUCGGGACACGGCUCCCAGCAGGACCAGCUCGAGGGAGCGGCCUGCAAGUGGUCAGAGUGCAGCGCCUGCUUCGACUCCAGCACCGGACUACUGGAGCACCUGCAGACGAAGCACGUGAACGCGCAGGUGCCGAGCGAGACGUACGUAUGCCUGUGGGUGGGCUGCAAGGUGUACGGCCGCAUGUCGUGCUCCAACACGUGGCUGGAGAGACACGUGCUGAGCCACGGCGGCAACAAGGUGCUGCGGUGCAUCUUCGACGACUGCUCCCAGAGGUUCAGCUCCCAGAUAACCUUGCAGAGGCACGUGAACAGCCACUUCUCGGAGACGGGCGGCGCGUCUGGGGGUAUCGGCGCGCGCCGCAAUGUCGACAGCACCAACAGCAAGCUGUUCCGGCGCAAUGGGAAGAAGCUUCGCUACCGUCGCCAGCCUUGGUCAGCUCGCAUGUUCGACUACUUCGACUGUGGCAUCAUGGAGCGUCUGCAGUUCCAGCUGAUGAAGAUGACACAGACCAGGACUCUUGGCAACGUCGCCGGUGCCCCUGGGAACACCAUGUCGUUCAGAAGUCGGAUCAUGGCUCGGAGGACUGAGAAGGACGGUUCAAAGAAAGUUCUGCUCAGGUGGUUUCCAACAGACAUCCUUGACGACGAGUGGGUGACGGAGCGGGACGCGAGAGCAGUGCAGGACGUGCCCAUAUGCAGUCUGCCGACGAGCGCCACGGACCAGGUCCACACCGCCCUGUUCGGCUCCGACGACCGUGGCACCAACGCCACCCCUCUCGCCGCUCCCGUCCGGAGGCGCGGCCGCAAGCCCGUCAAGUCCGUGUCAUGAUGACCGCGUUCUCUCGAGGAGGGAGGGGGCGGGGCUAGGGUGGGGGGUGCCUCACGUUCUCCGACCUGAGUGUGUUCCGUGAUGCUUCUGUGGGGCUGGUCUUGCUCGGACGGAACCGAAGUCAGUGGUUGCGAGGAGUUUUGCAAGAUCUUUUUGUCGCCCCGACGGUAGGCGCUCGCGUCACGUCGCAAAGUCCCGGUGUCAGUGCGGACCGGCCUACCUGCCAGCCAUGCCAUGCCUUCGGAAAAAAAAUAAUGAAGUUGACGUUAACGUGCUGUGCUUUCGAUGAGAUUUGCGAAUGUGUACACGUGCACGCUUUUUUUUUUUUUUUUUUUUUUAAACUGUGCAUGUGAUUGACACGGUCGCUCACAUGUUACGUGCACGUGGAGUGACGUGUUGACGUGUGUGGGGGAUGCGCACUAGAUUACUGCAUAAAAAAACUCAUGGAUGUAAGCUAGUGCUUGUUGUAACUGUAUUAUAGAGGAUACUUUGAAUUAUUGAUUGAAUGUUGGUAAUAUUUUGUAUGUAUAGGAACAUAACAGUAGGGAUAAUUUUUAUUUAAGUCGGAUUGGAGGGUAGGUAGGCAUCAGUGCAAAAGGCAAUGAUAAAUGUUUUUUCGCCCCCUCUGAAGCAGCCAGCUUUAUUCUACCACACUGCCAGAAUGUGGAACUUUGUACAUAAAAGACGUUAGCUAAGGAAUUCAUGUAGUGAUACCUUCUGUUGACUAUGUGUAACGUCGCUGUAAAUAUAUAUUAGUUCUCGGAAAUUGUGCUACGGAACAUCGCCACACCCUCUCUUGGUACUGCCAGAAAGAAGUUAGGGAUUCGGAUGAACUUUCUGUUUUGGGAAUUUCCGAGUAAUGAAGUUUUAGCCAUUAGUAUUUUAUUUAUACAAAUAUAUAUGUAUAAAGUAAGAUUUAAGAUGUGUGUAGGUUUCCUUCUGUAGAUUGGGGUUUAUGAGUGAACCAAGAGAAGAGAAAUAUAUACGAAUUUGACUUAGUGUGAAAGCUGAUAAUUAAUUUAAACUGUUGAUUGUCCUUUUUUUCAAUCGAUCACUGCCAUCUAAAAACUGCCAUCUAUUUUGUGUGUUUUAAUCAGUGGCAAAAACACAUAAAUAUUUUAUGCAAUACAGUUUUGUUCUCCGAGUGGCAUGAAUUAUGUUUUGUAAGCCCAGAAUCACUGCCGAGUCGUGUUGUAGAAAUUUGUAGUCUAUCUUCACCAUAGAGGGUCUAAACACAUUGUUAACGUGUGUUAUUUUCACACCUGCUUCAGUGUUUUGAUCUGUGCCAUAAUUUAUAUGAUUUUUAACAUAAUGAAAGCUACUGCUAGCGUAGAUUUGGUCGUUAAAAUAAUUUAUUUGCCACAAGAAAUUUUGUGAUACUAAAUAUUCCACCCAAAUUUUUUACUUAGCUCAAUUCAUUAUUGAUCUCCUAUUGUAAUGUUUAUCAAGCAUUUUAUCGCAAGUAUUUGUGCUGUCCAUAUUUUGCCUUGGAAUCUUUCUUUCUGUGAAUGCCUGUGUCGCAAUGUCACUGCUGAUAGCUUUGUUGAUGAUUUUGUUUUUGAUAUUGUGUUGGUACUUGGAAAUUUAUUAUUGUUACAGAAUUUUGUUUACUCUCACUAAGUAAGUGAAAUAAAUAGGUCUUCAAAAACAUGAACUUAUGUUGCUACUAAUACUGAGUUAAUAUGAAAGUAAAACUUUUCCUUCAAAAACUUUAAAUUUUUUAUUUACGUGAUUAUAUUACUUCUCAAUUUCAUUUUUGUGAAUGUACAGUAAGUACUGUGUGAACAGUAUCAUGCUGUUUUCCUAGUCAUAAAUACUGAGGUCAUUUCUUUGUGGCAGCUUUUUUUUUAUAGAAAUUCCUUGUAAAAGAAUGAGGUUUUAUUACUUGUAAUUUAAUUUAAUUUUUGAUUCUUUAAUAGUAAACAUCAUGUUUUCUAUCUCUCAGAAUUAAUUAUUAUAAAUUUUUUUGUGAAGGUAUUCUCUAUAGUUUCCCAGAAUUUGUUUCCUGUUUUGCACAAUACUAAUAUAUUUUUAAAAAGUUGUAUUAUUAUUUUGCUCCAAUCUAUUGCUGGGAAGAUUCCAGUAUUAAAUAUCUAAGGGUAGACCGGGAGAAAUGACUUAUUUACCUAUUUUACGAUCGUAGUGGCAACAAUCUCUUGCUGUAAUAUGUAAUGCAUUUUUAGGAUUUAUUAUUUAUAUGGCAUUCGUUGUUGUUGAUCUCGUUAAUUUUUAGUCAACGUUACUUGGAUCAGCUUGUCAUGAGGGAUGAUCGGGAUUGGAAAAACGCGGACUGGGUAGGCUGGACGUAUGGUCAGAGGGCUAAGUUUCUGUCAUAAGUGGUGCGCAGAUACAAGGACAGACAUGUCAUUGAGGUUAGGACAGAAACCGGUUUUAAAAUGAGCUUGUAGUCUCCUGGUAGAAAUUUAUUAUUGUGUUCAAUAAUUGUCGGAAAGUAUGUGUUUACUUUCUGCAAUUUGCUUAGACAGUUCUCAUUUUGUGUAAUGUGUCAAAAUUUUCAAAAGAGAAUUAUAUUAAAUCUCUUUGAGGUUUUCAUAUAACUGUAAAGCUCUCUAUAUGUGGAAGUUAGACUUGAGUACUUCUCAUUCUUAAUUUAAAAAUAGUUUGUUGACAUAGAAGCCAUAGUGCUUAUUUCAUAGUUGGAAUUUCAAUGUCUGUCUUUGUAUUUGUGUGUCGUAUUGUCUACUCUAGUGCCUUUGCAUAAUUCUUGAUAAAAAAAAUUACAAAUGUAAAUAUGUAGACUUUGGGUGAAAAAAUAAAAAUAUGCCACUGUGAAUGAUAAAAAAAAACUCUAGUUUUGACAUAUCUGACAUUGAAUAGCGGUGGUUCGUUCGAUAAUCGCAAUAUCAAAAAAGUUAUUUUUUGUAACGUUGGAAUACUAUUUGUGAUGUUGAAUACUUGUCAGAAAUAUGAGAACAUACCAAAACCAUUCAGUUUACUUUGUUGACUUUAAUUUAUGAUUGAGCACCUAUAGCUCUCGAAUUGUUUUAUAAAGUUUUUAUUGUGACAAAAUUGCAAUUUUUGCAGUGUGUUUUUUGUAUGUUUUUUUUUAUAGAAAGUUAAAUUGAAUGAUGUAAACUUGUAAUUUGUUUUGUACUCAAUAUUAUUAGGGCUUUCUGGUUUUCAGGGAGAAAGUAAUUUGUAAGAAAGACUUAUUGUGUUUGGUUGUUCUUUAGUGCAAAUUUUAUCUGUAGAUGUACGACUGGAGAUCGUGCAGUUUUAGGUAACUUGCAGACAGUGAAAUUAGAAUAGUUUCACUUACGUCUUUUGUUUUAUUCCUAAUAAUGUUAUUGGCAAGAAAUAAAUUAAGUGUAGUUUAAUUCCAAAGUUAUUCAGCUUCAGCUUUGUGUAGAGAAAUUUUUUUGUGUGCAAGUUUUUACACCUUGCAAUCCAGGUGAUUAAAAUAUGAGAAUUUAAAACACAGUAAAUUUUUAUGACAGUCAUGUGAAAAUAAUUUUGUAAAUUUUUGAGUGAGCUUUUACUUUUGUGUAAGCUAGUUCUCGACUAGAAAAAGACUGGACUGGGUAUAAAAUUAAAUUUUGCUUGUUGUCACAUUGGUGUUAAAGAGGUGUUGUAUGAAAAGCUAAUAAAUUUAAAUGUGUCAAUUGCAAGCAUUUUUAUUAUUAUGUAAUCUUUGAUAGCCUUCUCAUUUGGAGUGAAUUUUUAGCAUUUGAAAAGUGAAAAGUAAAAAAAAAGGAAAAUAGAAAAAAAAAAGCUUUACAUGUUCGGUGUUUGGAGUUUGAUGCUUGGACAUCUUUUUGCUGAAUUAUUAAAAUUUGUUAAAUAAAUAACGAUGGAGAUGAACGAAAAUUGUGUACAUGUUUUGAAAACUGGAAAGUCUACAACAUUUGUUACAUGUGACAAUUAUGGUGUGAAGUGACACUGAAUAUUGACAGAACAUGUGGUUGCUCUGUCAGGAUUGUAUGAGGAUGAGCUUUGCAAGCGUUCGCUGUUCCUGGUAUAAGAUACACCCUGGCUGACAGCAAGCACAUUCAAUGCCCUGUGAUCAGCUCAGCAGCAAACAAACAAUAACGUAAACCUCUGUUUCUUUCCUGCCUAAAGUGUUGGAAAUUUCUGUCCCAUUUAAAUAGCCUUGGGGGGAAGGGGGGGGGAAUAAAGUAACUUUUGUAAUUUAAUUCAUAGUUGUGUAAUUUUGUGGAUCUUGUUUUAACACGUACAAUAUUGAUUUUUUUGAAAUUUUGCCCAUUACCUGAAAUGUUAAUAAUUGUAGUGAUGGGAGAAAAAAAAAUCAAAGGCUGGUAACAACUUCGAUAAUCUUAUAAAUAAUGUUGUAAUUGAAUUAAAACUGGACAGGUCAAUAAAACAUUUUGCAGUAAAUUUGACCGAGUGAUUUUAAGCCGAUUUUGGCCUUGAUUUUAGUUUUAUUAUACUUAGUUACUCAACAUUUGGAGAAAUGUAAUCAUCAGUUUUAUUUUAUUGUUCUGUAUGUACAGUUUAUUUUAAAAACUGUUUUAUCCAUUUUUUAUAUUCAGAUAUUUGAAUGUUAUUUAUUACAUAAAACUGCAAUCUUUUUGCUUAAUUAUAAAUUAUUAUGAAACUUUUUAAAAUAUGGGCUUGUUUUGAAAUGGCUAGGGACUUGCUGUUUGCUAUAGAGUAAAAUUUAAUUACAACAUGCCUAAAACCCACAGUUUUGGUUCUUAAUAAAGUAAGUAGGUACUCUAUACUCAACAGGUUAAUAAAUGUAAUACAUCUUGUAGGUAUCUAAAACCAUUUAAUUUAAAUUGAGUUAUGAGGUAACAUCCAGGCAUGUCUCCACAAUGUCAUUUUAUUAGUCUUGCUUGGUCAUGGUGUCUCUUAUAAAUGAGUGCAGGAAGAUAUGAACAUGACACUAAUUUUGUUCUGAAAAACUAAAAGAUAGAACAUUCUAAUGGUUUUUGGAAGAAUUUUUAUGAUUUGUUUUGGUAAAAGUAGUAAGAUAGUAAAAAAAAAAAUUUUGUACAUACAUGUUUAAUAUGUAGAUUUUUUUGGAAAAAAAAAUAUUUUUGUGUGUUGAAUAAAGGGUUGUAGAAAUUUCUUAGUGAAUUUGGUCAUGAAUAGCAUAUGUGUAAAAACAUGUACUGUGUUGUAUAGUUUCCUUUCUGAAUAAUAUUAUUAUGUGAAACUGAAUUUUAAAACUUGGUUUAUUUCAUUUAAAUCUUUUUUUUUUUUUCAAAUGGGGAAAGUGACAGUUAAUAAAUUUGGAGACUUUUUGGCAGCAAAAUGCAGAGCCUUAAACUGCCGUGUCCAGAAGCUCAGGGACUGCAGAGUGCGUAAUAACUGGUCAGCAAGUGUCCCACUCAAGAACAGAUCCAUACCAGACACAUUACAAGAAUUAUUAUUUUUUUUUUUAUUUUUUUUGUGUGUAUGUGUGUGUGUGCGCAGACAGUAAAAAAUAACAUUUGUUUUAUUUUAGGUUGAUUUUUUUUUUUGUGCGACUGGUAUUAAGUGCGUAUGUUAACAAUGACUGUUUGUUGAAAAAGUGGUGAAAUAUACUGUAACAAAGUG